CUAGACAUGGCGCGGUGGCUGCUAAUACGCUAGAAGAAAGCUAGCGCCGCUAGCAUCUGUAGACGCCACAUUUUGUCAAUAUUACGCACGUAAAGUCCACUUUGGAGACAGCUAGAUGGACGUUACCUAACAGGAGCAAUAUGUUAUUCACCUCAAUUUGUUUUGUGUGAAUGUUUGCUCACUUUAGAUCACUCGGUUAGCAUCUUCGCUAGCUUUAGCAUCACCGAUGGCUUUCUAUGAAGUGUACUCUCAUCCGGCUCUGGUCCGGUACCGAACCAGCGUUUGUACAAAGGCCACCCUGUUCCUGGUGGUUGUUCUGUGCCUCACAUACAUCGCGCCUCUGCUGGUCGCUUACAGAAGCCAAGGUUUCUGGAUUAAGAGAAAAACUUAUGAAGAACAGCCAGUGGUGAGAUUCCAGUACCAAACCCUGCUGUUCGCAGCCACCAGUUUACAGGGAGACUACGUUGCCUGGAGCACGUUUCCUCAUCUCAACAACAUGCUUGGGACCAACCUAAGGAUUCCCGCCGUCUCUGUGAGAGAAGAAGACCAGAACCAAGAUGGGAAGUUGGACCUCUUGACAUUUCAGCUGCAUCUUCCUCUGAAGUCUGAUGAGCAUGUAUACAGUAUUCAGCUGCUGCUCACCUUCAGCUACCAGCUUUUUCGGAAGUCCACUGUAGUGAUGCAGAGCCUUGCGUUUGUGCAGCACUCGUCUCCUGUGCCCGGAGCGAAGAUGUUCAUCAGUGGAGACCUGAGGCUGCAGCAGAGGAUUCCCCUGCCUCACCGGGGGCUCCACAAUACUUACAACGUCUCAGUGAUCGACGGCGCCAGCCUUUUUGCAAGUUCAUACGACCUGAUCAACAUCAUGAGGCGCUACCAGGAGAGAAACUUGUCGACGGUGCUGUCCGGUCCAGUGCUCGUCUGGACCGUGGGUCGAGCUGAUGGCUCCCCCUUUGAGCUGAAUGCUGAAAUCCGUUAUCCCUUGGAGAUCAUCAGCUACCGACCCGGCUUUUGGGAAACUGUCAAGUUUGCCUGGAUCCAGUAUGUCAGCGUCCUCCUGAUCUUCAUUUGGGUCUUUGAACGCAUCCAGAGAUUCGUUUUCCAGAACCAGGUCAUCAGAACCGUACCCAUACCUGUGGGAAAACCUCACUUUUCCUGAUACAGGGGGUAAUAUGUUUUCUAUAUGUGUAGACUAUCUGAAAUCAGCACAUUUUCUCAAAUAGCUCCAUAUUUUUGAUAUUGUUUUUUUUUUCACUUCAUAAUCUAACUAAAUGUUAAAUGAGAGAGUUGAUCCAUUCAGGACUUUUUAUAGCACUGUCACAAGAACACACACACAAAUAAAGAAGUUUUUCAGUAGUGAGAAUGUAGCGAGACCAGAACUGAAAAGAGGAAUUGAUUUUACAUACUUGUGCUUCUCAAACUGCUCUUUCUGGGCAACACUGCUCCGAUAUCACACACUUUUAUGACUUUUAUACAAGAAGAAAGUAACACAUUUAAAGUACACAUUUCCCUGCACGGUUUAAUUUAUUACUACAUCUGUGAGGUCAGUGUAAACAUCCUGAAAGGCUUUUUUCCCGUAACAGCAAUGUACGACACAGAUGACGCCCACUGAAUAUCCCUUAGAUUCAAUUCAGAAUCUAAAACUUAUGGACUCACCGCAGGACAGAAAGUUGUUUCUGUUUGUGCUGAUUGAGCACAGAGCUGAUUAGACUUUUCUUUGUAAAGGAAAACUUACAAAGAAAGCACGUGUUGUCUUAGAGUUUUAUAGUUUUUCUGUGUAGUAAACCUAACAAACCUUUUUCCUAGAAGAUAAUUAUUCUUCUUUUUCUGCUGUUUUAUAGCGUUUGAAGUGUAGGGAUUUUGUGAAUUGUCUAUAUUUUUGCAACUUGAAUGUUACACGUUUUUAAACAGUUUGUGACAUAAAUAAAAUAAAUUAUUUUGUACAGUAU